AUGUUUGGGCUCUGCACCCUCCUUUGCCUUUCUCUAUUUACUGGAGGCCUGGCCUCACCUGUGGUGACCGCGAAACAGACACGAUCUGAGGGGAAAAUUUCAUGGGGUCCCUGUGAGAUUGACGGAACUCGACCUAUUCGGUGCGGUAACCUGAGUGUUCCGCUGGAUUAUACUGAUCGGGAGUCAAAAGCAGCUCUGAAGCUCCAGCUCCUCAAGGUCCCCGCCGCCAAUAGCCCCAGGAAGGGUACCAUCUUGUUCAACUUUGGCGGGCCCGGGCUCGGGGCCAGGGCCUCGUUAGCGGGAUAUGCUAAAAUUCUUCAAACUUUAACAGGCGGACAUUACGACCUUAUCGCCCAUGAUCCACGGGGAACCGAGAAUACUCUCACCUUCUCUUGUUUUAAAGAUGAUAACGAGAGGUUAGCUGUCAUAUCCAAAGGUCGAUACGAAGAAUUAUUGUCACCAAAUGACAGAGCGCCUUUGGGUAGGCUUUGGUCAACCACUUCUAUUUUCGCGGAUAUCUGUGGUCGCUAUCCGGAAGCAAAGGAAAGAGGGAAACUUAUUAGCACUUCCUUUACCGCAAGAGAUCUGAUGGAAAUCGUUGACGCAGUCGAGGACGACGGCCUACUGCGAUACUGGGGCCUGUCGUACGGUACGGUUCUGGGCGCCACUGUUGCGGCGAUGUUUCCAGAUAGGAUUGAUCGGAUCGUCAUGGAUGGCGUUGUCAACUUCCACGACUAUUAUAACGCAUAUGACGUCGAAUUAUGGGCGGACACUGACAAAGUCUUCUCUGCCUUCCUUGAACAGUGUGUCGAGUCUCCCAAUGAGUGUGCUUUAGCUCAUCCAGACCUAACUGCUCAAGACUUGGAAGCGUCGAUGUAUAAGUUACUCGAUGAUAUCAAGUUCCGGCCUCUUGUAUUCAACAACACAUUGAUCGACCACAGCGUUGUCAAAAACUUGAUUCGGCCAAGCUUGUACAGUCCAUCGUCAUGGCCUCUUCUUUCACUGGCCUUGGAUUCCCUACGUAGCGGAAACUUGGAGGGCUUUUCUAACCUUACAACGCCACUCUUACCUCCUUGGGCGGGGGGUAUUCUAACAGAGUCUCCGUUCGGAAUUCCAUGCUCAGAGAAAGAGACAGGGGUGGACAGCUUCGAUAAAAUCCUGCCGACUGUCAAGGCACUAGAUAAGGAGAGCAAACUCUUGGGCCAAGUUGGCAUACCUUUGGCCAUGGUUUGCACCCAGUGGACAACUAAAGCGAAAGAACGUUAUACCGGUGACUUUAAGGUCAAGACUAAAUUUCCCAUGCUAGUUAUUGGGAACACAUACGACCCUGCGACGUCUUUUCCAUCUGCCCGCAAUGCCAGCUCGACAUUUCAAAGCAGUAUGCUACUAGAACAUGGUGGUUAUGGCCAUACUACCUUGAACCAUGCUUCUGUAUGCACGGGAAAGGCCAUUAAGGACUACUUCAUGAGAGAUAGAUAA